AUGUCCGUUUGCCAUGCGGGCAUCUCGUGUACGAUUCUUGCCACUGGUCUUCAUUGCACCGAUGGCUUAGUACUAGUGUUUACAGUACUAGUGUCUUGGGAUCGAAUUCCUGGUGGUAUCACGAGCGUCUAUCAUGCCGAUCUUCGGGUUCGAUUCCUGCCGAUGAACCACACUGCAUCGGCAGCCCUGUGGCAGAGUAACAUUUCGAGGAGCUGGCAUUUAUGCCAAGGAGCAUAG